AUGGGUUUCGUCGAUCUCAACGACUACGUUUGGUGCUGGAAAGCCAGGGUGAGUGGGGUUACGGUAGAGGAGGAUCACGGUAGUACGGUAACCUUUUUGUGUUUUUUUUGUGCAGACUCACUUCUACGUCAACUCGAUCGUCCACCUCGCCAUGUCCUUGUUCGCGCUUCUUGCCAUCAUUGACUAGUGAGUCGGGGGUCGGGUUUUUGAGAGAAAUUGACGUUUUGCAACUCACAUGCUCCAGAUUAGGACGAAAUUCUGAAAAAAAGCUCGUCAAAAAUUAGUCUUUUUGUACAACCAGCCCAUUGACACUAAAAUGCGCAAGCGUCUAGAGAGUUCAACUUCCAACAGCUACAGUAUCCCUAGGAGUGAUUGUACGGAAAAUGUGUCAACUACAAAAGUGAAGAUCAAGUCUAGUACUUGCUUUUUGUAGUUGACCACUUUUUUGUACAAUCACUCCCAAGAGUACGGUAGCCGUUGAAAGCCAGGACUAGCCGAAACCCCAUGAAUUUUCAGUGUCCGACUCCCGGAGGACGCGUCGUCAGAGCUCAAACUAGCUUUCUGGAUCCAGUUCAUGUGGUUCAUCAUGGCUUCCGUCUUCACUGCCGCGAUUUGUCUCUCUUUUGUUUUUUGUCCCAACCACAUUUGGUACGGAAUCCUUUCCAUAUUCUUGGGGCUCUUAGGAACGUACGGGCUGAUCAACGAGACGUACGUGCUGGCCAAGUACGGCAUUUUGAGGACUGACGAUAGGAAAAAAGUGCAGCUUUUGGAGCAUUACAAGGGUAAGUCACGCUAAGAGUGUGCUUGUUAUGCUUUUCGAUUUUCAGGUUCAAUGGCCGGCACUUCCCUCCAGAUGUUCCUUUCGGCCGCUUCCAGUUUCUACUUGUCGGCGGUUUUGUUCAAAUUGAGCUUCCUGUACACUCUAAAACCCGACGCCGGCGACAUUUACAUCAUCCAGACGGGACCACCGCCCCCGCCCGCCGUAAUCUCGCUUGACACCAACGGAAACGCCCCGAUCAACCGGCCACCGGCUCAAGAUCCGCUACCACUUGAGGGACCGGCACCAGAGCUAGAAGCACAAUGCGCCCAACGGUCCGACCCGGUUCUGGAUGUGACCCAGGCUCAGAACUCGCAAAAGUCAUUGGAAAAGUCGAAGAAAUCUGAGAAAUCCGCAAAGAGCCACGUGGAGAACACGCAGAUUUCGAGUGGUUCCGAGCGAAAAUAG